AUGUUUUUGGGUUCUUAUAAUGGUUUUAUUCUGAUUAAUCUAAACGAGCAUAUUUACUUGUGGAAUCCUGCCACCCGAUUUUGGACCAAAGUGCUUGAGCUUGACCGUUUGAAUGAGGAUUAUCGUACACAUGGGGGAAUUUGUUUUGACUCGUCCAAGAAUGUGUACAAGGCAGUGUUAAUUAUGCGCCAUCUGACCCCAGAUUAUGGUGGUGAGUCUGUUAUAGUUGCUAGUCUUGAAGACAAACAAUGGAGGGAAAUCGAAUUUCCUUAUGAUAUCUCCUCAGUGAGUGAAGGGAUUACAUUGCAGGGACGACUUUACUAUAAGGUAAGGGUCAAAAAAUCCUAUGUUGAAAAUAAUAAUGCCGAAGAUGAUGAUAAUAAUGGAAAUAAAGAACGUCAGGAGAGUGUGUGGGACCGUUUCAGUCAUCGUAACAAAGUAAUUUUUCUUGAUCCCAUCUCUGAAAAGUUCAAGAUGUUUCCAGUCCCUGACCCUAAGUCUUAUCAAGAAGAGAACGUUAUAGUUGGUUUAGGAGUUAUAAAUGAAUGUCUCUGUAUGACUCGCAUGGAUGGUGAUAAGAACGGUGUUGAGAUAUUAGUCAUGAAGGAAUAUGGAGUAAAGGAAUCAUGGACAUCCUUAAUAUUCAUAAGGAAUUUAGAAAUAAAUUCUUCUUAUGAAUUUGCAGUGCCCUUUUCCAUGACGGAGACCGGAGAAGUAGCCUUGAUAAUAGGGGCUUUUGACAAAAAAAUUACUGUAUACAAUCCUAUGGAUGAUAAUAUGAGAGACAUUCUUGUAGAGCCAGAAUUUAUAUUUGGCGACAUCAUUACCUAUGUGGAAAGCUUGAUCUCGCCAGAGGAGUACUACUGGAGUGAGGAGCAGCACAAAAUGACUGAACAUAACCGUACUAAAAUAGCAUGGAUUCCAAGUAGCUAG